AUGAACCGCGGAAGCAGACGAAACGCUGAAGACCGUAUUGUCGGUGGGUCGUACGAUGACCGGGCAUGUUCACGGUUCAUUAGCUCGGGACGAGCCACGUCGCCUGAUCUUCGAUCGUACGGACCCAAGGGGGUCGCCGCCGUGUGGUCCCCCGGUCAGAGCAGGAGAACAUGCCGGGUCGGUCCCCGGUUAGUUAAACGCAAUGGCCGUAACGGUUGCAAAACCGGUGCCCCUGUCGGCGGUUCCUCGUUGCAAAUAAGCGAUUUUUCACCGGAAACACGGGACGAGCUGUCGAGCUCCAUCACUGUUCGACGUUACACGUCAAGUCAGGCAGCUGCCGUUGACGUCCUGACCCUGGGAGCGGCGUGA